UUCCUGUUUCCUUCUGAUACCUAGUUAUUAAAGUAUAGCUUUACUGUGCCAAAAGCUUGUCCCGCCAUAACGUUCUCACUCGCGUACGGAAUUCAGUAGCGGUCGCGCGCGGCAAUUGUUUGAAAUUCAAACUGUUUUUUUUUUACUUUACGGUUUCCGUGCGGUCAGUCCUUUAUAAUUUGUUUUUAAAUUGGAGUGUAUUAAAAAAGUAAAAUGUUAAAGUAUAAUACGGUGAAGAAAUAUUGUUCUGAAGGGAGCAGAAUUAACCAAGUGAUUAUGGCUUCUUUAAUGGUCUUCCCAGUAUUCUCUUACGGCAUGGCGAUCGGCUGGCUGUCCCCGAUGGGUCCGCGUCUCAUCAACGACCCGAGCCUGUCCGCGUCCGUGUCCACGGACGUGGUGUCGUGGAUGGCGUCCGUGGUGUACCUGGUGGGCACGCCGUCCGUUUUCCUCUUUGGAUACAUCGUGGAUAACUAUGGGAGGAAGAAGGCGCUCAUGUUCACUUCCUUCUCUAUGGCCACAUGUUGGGGUCUGAAACUCUACUCCACAUCUACAUGGGCGCUCAUCACCGCGCGAGCCAUUAUAGGUCUCGGCGUCAGCGGCUCCUACGUGGUCACCCCACUGUACAUCAAGGAAAUUAGCGAAGACUCCAUCCGUGGUACCCUCGGAACCCUGGUCGUCCUCAGCCAGAACCUUGGCAACCUGCUGGUGUACAUUCUGGGGGAAUAUUUGAGUUACCACGCGGUUCUGUGGAUCUGUCUGGCGGUGCCACUGGUACAUUUGUUGGUGUUUGCUACGAUGCCGGAAACGCCGUCGUAUUUGUUAAAGUGUGGGAAGGUUGAGGAAGCUCGAGAAGCUCUGGGAUGGCUGCGCUGUCGUCAGAGCUCAGAGGCAGUGGACAGCGAGUUGAAGAUGCUCCUCAUAGAACUUGAGCAGAACAAGUCCAGCCAGUUCAGUUAUGCCAUCAAAACUCUUGCAACAGACCGCAUCGCCUUCCGCGCCUUUCGCAUAGUCCUCACCAUAACCCUGGCCCGAGAGUUAUGCGGCUGCCUCGCCGUUCUCCACUUCGCCUCCAAGAUCUUCAACGAGGCCAACCACAGCGGCAGUUGGGUGCUGACCGCCAACCAGCAGGCGGCGGUGCUGGGCGCUGUGCAGCUGUUUGGCUCUGUCACUGCUUCCACUUUGGUGGAGAGGACUGGGAGGAAGCCGCUCCUAGGAGUGACAUGUUUCGUGUCCGGCGUGGCCAUGUGUCUCCUGGGCGCCUGGUUCGCCAUGGGCGGCGGCGGCUGGCUGCCAGUGGCGGCGCUGUGCCUCUGCAUCUACUGCGACGCGGCCGGGCUGCAACCAGUGCCGUUCGUAGUGAUGACCGAGAUGUUCUCCUUCCAACUCCGCGGCACCGUGACCUCCCUAGUCAUAGCCUUCGCCUGCGCCCUCGUCUCCAUCGAACUUCGCUUCUUCCACCCUCUCUCCGAACUGGCCGGUCUCCACACAGUCUUCUUCUUAUUCGCUAGCGUUUGCCUCGUCAGUACCAUUUAUAUCGUCGUCUGCGUGCCAGAGACAAAGAUGAAGACCAUAGACGAGAUCUACGCUAGAAUUGGAGGGAAAUUUCAAGAUGGCGGAAAGGAAGAUGGCGGGAAAGAUGGCGCGAAGCGGGGAUGCGAAGCGCCUGACAUAACGCGGUUGUAGUUUAAUUUUUAGCCUAAGGAGGAAUGCCUAUUCUAAACGAAGUUUAGUAGAUAUCUAGAAGUCAGUAAGUCUAGAAUCAGAAGUUGUAUCGAUUAAGAUCAUUUCGCCCCUCAAGUUAUCUUGUAGAUAGGCCUUAAGACAACAUUAAGAACCGAUUUUAGGACAAGUUUAAAUAUCAG